UACAAGGACAGUUAGCAAUAAAAAAAAAAAAAAUAAUAAUAAUAAUAAUAAACCGGUCUCCAUCGCAACUCCGAGCCCCGCCGUCUGCUUCUUCUCGCUGCAAGACACCCUGCACUCAAAUUUAAACACACACACAACGCAGAGCUACGCAGGGUUUGUGGAGAGGCGCCCCACCGGAGCAGAGGCGCAGAACCUGUGGAUUACAGUAUUUUGGUUUAUCUCUCUCUAACAACAUUGUAUUAUUUUCCCAUACUUUUAUCCUACCUUUCCUGGAAUGCUUUUGAAUAACCUCUGUGAAUGAUAAAGUGAAAAGUUAAACAAAGUCGCUUCUUUUGAUAAUGAUAGAAAGGUUGACAAAGUACAUUUACUUGUGUUAAAACAUCUCUAAGUAUAACUACAAUUUUUACACGAAUGUUACUACGAACAAUAUUUGAGGGAAACUAACCAUAUAGUCAGUUUCUAAGAGAACAGAGGUCAUUGCUGAGAAAGGUUGAGCAAAGCGUCACCUACCUAGCGUCGAUUCCUGCGGACAAUUGAUCCGGAACCUUUUGUAGUUCAGCGCUUGCAGCCGGACGACAUUUGAGGGAAGCACCGGCGUCAUCAUGGCGAGACACCUUCGCUUCGUUGCGCGGACAGUGAUGGUCCAAGACGGAAACGUCGAUGCGGCGUACAAGACUUUAAACAGGGUCCUGAAUCAGGAGGGAGUUAUUGACGAUGUGAAACGCAAACGCUACUUCGAGAAGCCCUGCCGAGAGCGACAGAGGAAGAACUUUGAGAACUGCAGGCGUAUUUACCACAUGGAAAUGGGCAGAAAAAUUGCCUUCAUCUCCAGGACGAACAGAGAGGAUCCCUGGGUCGGCUGCUAGAGAGAUGGAGUGUGUUGAAAAAGAACAUUUAUGGUGGACUGGAAAGUGAAGGAAGCAAAAAAGAUCGACACAGUGUCACAUCUGGACAGACUCAGACUGUUGUCACGUUGUUUUACAUGUUUGUAGUUUGUCGUCAAGUUAAUAUUUUCUUCGCUAAAUUCAUCAGGAAGAGUGCAACACUUGCAUUCAUUCUGAUUGUAAUGAACUUCCUAAUAAAUACAUGACACAAACAACACAGA